CGCCCGUUUCCUGCCGAGUGGCGCGACGGCACCUGAGCGACUGCGGCGGCGGUGGCGGCGGCGCCUCGGAGCGGGCGGCCCGGGCUGUAGUGCCGGCGCCGCCGCGUCUUCCUGGUCUCCUUUCCCGGCCGCACAGGAUAGAUUUUUGCUCUGUCACCCAGGCUGGAGUGCAGUGGCGUGACCUUGGCUUGCUGCAACCCUUUGCCUCCUGUGUUCAAGUGAUUCUCAUUGCCUCAGCCUCCUGGGUAGCUGGGAUUACAGGUUUUAUAGGAUCACAUUGACAAAAGUACCAUGGAGUUUUAUGAGUCAGCAUAUUUUAUUGUUCUUAUUCCUUCAAUAGUUAUUACAGUAAUUUUCCUCUUCUUCUGGCUUUUCAUGAAAGAAACAUUAUAUGAUGAAGUUCUUGCAAAACAGAAAAGAGAACAAAAGCUUAUUCCUGCCAAAACAGAUAAAAAGAAAACAGAAAAGAAAAAGAAUAAAAAGAAAGAAAUCCAGAAUGGAAACCUCCAUGAAUCCGACUCUGAGAGUGUACCUCGAGACUUUAAAUUAUCAGAUGCUUUGGCAGUAGAAGAUGAUCAAGUUGUACCUGUUCCAUUGAAUGUGAUUGAAACUUCAAGUAGUGUUAGGGAAAGAAAAAAGAAGGAAAAGAAACAAAAGCCUGUGACAGAAGAGCAGGUCAUCAAAGAAAGUGACGCAUCAAAGAUUCCUGGCAAAAAAGUAGAACCUGUCCCAGUUACUAAACAGCCCACCCCUCCCUCUGAAGCAGCUGCCUCAAAGAAGAAACCAGGGCAGAAGAAGUCUAAAAAUGGAAGCGAUGACCAGGAUAAAAAGGUGGAAAUUCUCAUGGUACCAUCAAAAAGGCAAGAAGCAUUGCCCCUCCAAGAGACUAAACAAGAAAGUGGAUCAGGGAAGAAGAAAGCUUCAUCAAAGAAACAAAAGACAGAAAAUGUCUUCGUAGAUGAACCCCUUAUUCAUGCAACUACUUAUAUUCCUUUGAUGGAUAAUGCUGACUCAAUUCCUGUGGUAGAUAAGAGAGAGGUUAUUGAUUUGCUUAAACCUGACCAAGUAGAAGGGAUCCAGAAAUCUGGGACUAAAAAAUUGAAGACUGAAACUGACAAAGAAAAUGCUGAAGUGAAGUUUAAAGAUUUUCUUCUGUCCUUGAAGACUAUGAUGUUUUCUGAAGAUGAGGCUCUUUGUGUUGUAGACCUGCUAAAGGAGAAGUCUGGUGUAAUACAAGAUGCUUUAAAGAAGUCAAGUAAGGGAGAAUUGACUACGCUCGUACAUCAGCUUCAAGAAAAGGACAAGUUACUUGCUGCUGUGAAGGAAGAUGCUGCUGCUACAAAGGAUCGGUGUAAGCAGUUAACCCAGGAAAUGAUGACAGAGAAAGAAAGAAGCAAUGUGGUUAUAGCAAGGAUGAAAGAUCGGAUUGGAACUUUAGAAAAGGAACAUAAUGUAUUUCAAAACAAAAUACGUGUCAGUUAUCAAGAGACUCAACAGAUGCAGAUGAAGUUUCAGCAAGUUCGUGAGCAGAUGGAGGCAGAGAUCGCUCACUUGAAGCAGGAAAAUGGUAUACUAAGAGAUGCUGUCAGCAACACUACAAAUCAACUGGAAAGCAAGCAGUCUGCAGAACUAAAUAAACUACGCCAGGAUUAUGCUAGGUUGGUGAAUGAGCUGACUGAGAAAACAGGAAAGCUACAGCAAGAGGAAGUCCAAAAGAAGAAUGCUGAGCAAGCAGUUACUCAGUUGAAGGUUCAACUACAAGAAGCUGAAAGAAGGUGGGAAGAAGUUCAGAGCUACAUCAGGAAGAGAACAGCGGAACAUGAGGCAGCACAGCAAGAUUUACAGAGUAAAUUUGUGGCCAAAGAAAAUGAAGUACAGAGUCUGCAUAGUAAGCUUACAGAUACCUUGGUAUCAAAACAACAGUUGGAGCAAAGACUAAUGCAGUUAAUGGAAUCAGAGCAGAAAAGGGUGAACAAAGAAGAGUCUCUACAGAUGCAGGUUCAGGAUAUUUUGGAGCAGAAUGAGGCUUUGAAAGCUCAAAUUCAGCAGUUCCAUUCCCAGAUAGCAGCCCAGACCUCCGCUUCAGUUCUAGCAGAAGAAUUACAUAAAGUGAUUGCAGAAAAGGAUAAGCAGAUAAAACAGACUGAAGAUUCUUUAGCAAAUGAACGUGAUCAUUUAACAAGUAAAGAAGAGGAACUUAAGGAUAUACAGAAUAUGAAUUUCUUAUUAAAAGCUGAAGUGCAGAAAUUACAGGCCCUGGCAAAUGAGCAGGCUGCUGCUGCACAUGAAUUGGAGAAGAUACAACAAAGUGUUUAUGUUAAAGAUGAUAAAAUAAGAUUGCUGGAAGAGCAACUACAACAUGAAAUUUCAAACAAAAUGGAAGAAUUUAAGAUUCUAAAUGACCAAAACAAAGCAUUAAAAUCAGAAGUUCAGAAGCUACAGACUCUUGUUUCUGAACAGCCUAAUAAAGAUGUUGUGGAACAACUGGAAAAAUGCAUUCAAGAAAAAGAUGAGAAGUUAAAGACUGUAGAAGAAUUACUUGAAACUGGACUUAUUCAGGUGGCAACUAAAGAGGAGGAGCUGAAUGCAAUAAGAACAGAAAAUUCAUCUCUGACAAAAGAAGUUCAAGACUUAAAAGCUAAGCAAAAUGAUCAGGUUUCUUUUGCCUCUCUAGUUGAAGAACUUAAGAAAGUGAUCCACGAGAAAGAUGGAAAGAUCAAGUCUGUAGAAGAACUUCUGGAGGCAGAACUUCUCAAAGUUGCUAACAAGGAGAAAACUGUUCAGGAUUUGAAACAGGAAAUAAAGGCUCUAAAAGAAGAAAUAGGAAAUGUCCAGCUUGAAAAGGCUCAACAGUUAUCUAUCACUUCCCAAGUUCAGGAGCUUCAGAACUUAUUAAAAGGAAAAGAGGAACAGAUGAAUACCAUGAAGGCUGUUUUAGAAGAGAAAGAGAAAGACCUAGCCAAUACAGGGAAGUGGUUACAGGAUCUUCAAGAAGAAAAUGAAUCUUUAAAAGCACAUGUUCAGGAAGUAGCACAACGUAACUUGAAAGAGGCCUGUUCUGCAUCACAGUUUGAAGAACUUGAGAUUGUGUUGAAAGAAAAGGAAAAUGAAUUGAAGAGGUUAGAAGCCAUGCUAAAAGAGAGGGAGAGUGAUCUUUCUAGCAAAACAAAGCUGUUACAGGAUGUACAAGAUGAAAACAAAUUGUUUAAGUCCCAAAUUGAGCAGCUUAAACAACAAAACUACCAACAGGCAUCUUCUUUUCCCCCUCAUGAAGAAUUAUUAAAAGUAGUUUCAGAAAGAGAGAAAGAAAUAAGUGGUCUCUGGAAUGAGUUAGAUUCUUUGAAGGAUGCUGUUGAACACCAGAGGAAGAAAAACAAUGACCUUCGGGAGAAAAACUGGGAAGCAAUGGAAGCAUUGGCAUCAACUGAAAAAAUGCUGCAGGACAAAGUGAACAAGACUUCCAAGGAAAGACAGCAACAGGUGGAAGCUGUUGAGUUGGAGGCUAAAGAAGUUCUCAAAAAAUUAUUUCCAAAGGUGUCUGUCCCUUCUAAUUUGAGUUAUAGUGAAUGGUUGCAUGGAUUUGAAAAAAAGGCAAAAGAAUGUAUGGCUGGAACUUCAGGGUCAGAGGAGGUUAAGGUUCUAGAGCACAAGUUGAAAGAAGCUGAUGAAAUGCACACAUUGUUACAGCUAGAAUGUGAAAAAUACAAAUCCGUCCUUGCAGAAACAGAAGGAAUUUUACAGAAGCUACAGAGAAGUGUUGAGCAAGAAGAAAAUAAAUGGAAAGUUAAGGUUGAUGAAUCACACAAGACUAUUAAACAGAUGCAGUCAUCAUUUACAUCUUCAGAACAAGAGCUAGAGCGAUUAAGAAGAGAAAAUAAGGAUAUUGAAAAUCUGAGAAGAGAACGAGAACAUUUGGAAAUGGAACUAGAGAAGGCAGAGAUGGAACGAUCUACCUAUGUUACAGAAGUCAGAGAGCUGAAAGAUCUGUUGACUGAAUUGCAGAAAAAACUUGAUGAUUCAUAUUCUGAAGCAGUAAGACAGAAUGAAGAGCUAAAUUUGUUGAAGGCACAGUUAAAUGAAACACUCACAAAACUUAGAACUGAACAAAAUGAAAGACAGAAGGUAGCUGGUGAUUUGCAUAAGGCUCAACAGUCACUGGAGCUUAUCCAGUCAAAAAUAGUAAAAGCUGCUGGAGACACUACUGUUAUUGAAAAUAGUGAUGUUUCCCCAGAAACGGAGUCUUCUGAGAAGGAGACAAUGUCUGUAAGUCUAAAUCAGACUGUAACACAGUUACAGCAGUUGCUUCAGGCAGUAAACCAACAGCUCACAAAGGAGAAAGAGCACUACCAGGUGUUAGAGUGAAGUAAUUGAGAAACUGUUCAUUUGAGGAUAAAAAAGGCAUUGUAUUAUAUUUUGCCAAAUUAAAGCCUUAUUUAUGUUUUCACCCUUUCUACUUUGUCAGAAACACUGAACAGAGUUUUGUCUUUUCUAAUCCUUGUUAGACUACUGAUUUAAAGAAAGAAAAAAAAAGCCAACUCUGUAGACACCUUCAGAGUUUAGUUUUAUAAUAAAAACUGUUUGAAUAAUUAGACCUUUACAUUCCUGAAGAUAAACAUGUAAUCUUUUAUCUUAUUUUGCUCAAUAAAAUUGUUCAGAAGAUCAAAGUGGUAAAGACAAUGUAAAAUUUAACAUUUUAAUACUGAUGUUGUACACUGUUUUACUUAACAUUUUGGGAAGUAACUGCCUCUGACUUCAACUCAAGAAAACACUUUUUUGUUGCUAAUGUAAUCGGUUUUUGUAAUGGCGUCAGCAAAUAAAAGGAUGCUUAUUAUUCAAA